CCCUCCCUCCCUCACUUUCCUUCUUUCUCACAUUCACAAACCCUCCUCUCUCUCCCUCUUCCAGUUCCCACUGUCGACUACUCGCUUAAAAAACCUAGAACUGUUUCGAACAAUCUGGAAAACCAAACAUGGGUGGAUGCUUCUCCGUGAGCGCUUUUGAACCUUCUCUUCAUUCUUCUUCUCCCACCGCCAAAGUUGUCUCCUCGAACGGAAGUCUCAUAGAAUACCCUGUUCCCGUUUCCGUCUCGCAAGUCCUCAAGGCCGAGGAGGCAGCUUCUCCCUCUUCCUCCACGGCGUCGUUCUUCGUCUGCAACUCCGACCGGUUUAACUACGACUCUUAUAUUCCUGCUUUGGUUUCGGACCACCAACUCGAGGCUGAUCAGAUCUACUUCGUACUCCCGGUUGCUAAGCUCCAGCGGCGGCUGACUGCCUCGGAUAUGGCCGCUUUGGCUGUCAGGGCCAGCCUCGCCCUCCAAAAUGCGUCCACGGCUUCUUCCUCGGGAAAAAAGGAUCGUACUCGUCGCCGGAACAAGAACCGGGUUUCUCCCAUUCUCGUUGUCAAGUCGGAGCCCAGAUCGGAGUACGAUUUUGUGGAUUACGAGGCUGAUUUUACGAUUGGGCCCUCCAAUUCUCUUAUGAAGAAGAAGGUGUUGGCGCCGGAGAAGGCUGCUUUGGGGGUUUCGAGAUCUGGGUCCGUCCGGAAGUUGCAGAGAUACUCAUCUAAAAGAGUAUUGAAGAGGGCCGUUCGGUCGUUUAAACUCAGAUUGACCCCAAUACAAGAAGGCACCGAGGUAUUUUGAGCCUGGUGAUAUUAGUAAUGUAUUGUCGUACAAUCAUCGAAGAGAAGAACAAUAUUUUUUGUUGUUCUUGUUUACAUUUAUUUUUCUUGUUUAAAUGUAAAUUAUAACAUAACAGUGAAAUCGGAGUGUCUAUCACUUUGUCUUGGCUUCUUUUAGCUGUCAUGUAUUAAACGAUCAGUUAUGCAAGUAAUUUGUUUA